CGAGUUGGGGGGGAGGUAAACAAGAUGGCGACAACCUGAGUGGCAAGAGUAGCACGAAGAGUCAGAAAAAUUAACAGAUAUUUUCUCGGACCCAAAUGAAAUAUUUGCUUCACCAAGUGCGGACGCACAGAGGGGAAAUAAAACCCGAAGCGGAAACAAGAUUGAUGAGGAUCUAGGCACCAGGCAGUACAAACCGUGGUGACAUGGAGGACACCUGAGUACGGUUGGACACAUUGGAUGGUUCAGUCGACCUCCAGGAGCCCGACUGAUACCAGAGAUUGGACUGAAACUGCUGCUUGCUUGUAGAUGUAGAUCUAUGCUUGGAGCCAGUCCAGCUAUACACACUUGUGUGUCCUGAGAAAACUAUGCUAUGCAGCAUGGACCUUUGACAGAAAUGCGGUGCUGCACAGCCUUGAAGCAAGACCGGUUCCCUCUGCCUAAGGCUAUAUGGUAUUGAACUCAUACAGAACUGACCUAGAGCGCGGCUGAGAAGAUAAACAUUGUAGAAUCACAAUUUCUGUUCGACUGUACUUGUCAUAGAAGUAGUAUGUAAUGCACAGUAUGAAGCACUAACUCGACACUGGACCCAACAGGUUCUUUACCCCUUGUCACUCCUCUUGAGUAAAAAGAGCCCUAAUGUUUACAGAUUGGGAUUGAUCACCCGUCUCCUCCUUCAGCUCUCAGGCCUGAUUACUCCCUCUCCCAUGUUCAGUAUUUUGUAACUCAUCGUGCAGAAUUAAAACACUCGGCUCAGAGCUGAAAGGUUACCAGUGGAUUACUCCACAGCAGCAAUCAUUGCUAUUUGCAACCGGAGACUUAAGCUUUGGUUGCUAAACUAUCAGUCAUGAGUACCGGGGAGCUGCAUCAUCUUGACUAUCUAAAUGAAAAUGAACUGAUGGAGAUGGAUACUUUCAUUCACCGCAUUGACUCUACAGAGGUGAUCUACCAGCCACGGAGGAAGAGGGCAAAGCUGAUAGGAAAGUACUUGAUGGGGGAUCUGCUUGGGGAAGGAUCUUAUGGCAAAGUGAAAGAAAUGCUGGACUCAGAGACACUUUGUCGCAGGGCUGUCAAGAUACUAAAGAAGAAGAAGCUUAGGAGGAUUCCCAAUGGAGAAGCCAAUGUGAAAAAGGAGAUUCAGCUGCUAAGAAGACUCCAACACAAGAAUGUGAUUCAGUUGGUGGACGUGCUCUACAAUGAAGAGAAGCAAAAAAUGUAUAUGGUGAUGGAGUAUUGCGUUUGUGGGAUGCAAGAAAUGCUGGACAGCGUCCCAGAGAAAAGGUUUCCAGUAUUUCAAGCUCACGGGUACUUUUGCCAACUCUUAGAUGGCCUUGAAUAUUUGCACAGCCAGGGAAUAGUUCACAAAGACAUUAAACCAGGGAAUCUGCUGCUGACCACAGAUGGGGCGCUUAAAAUCUCCGACCUGGGAGUAGCAGAGGCCCUUCACCCAUUUGCAGAGGAUGACACAUGUCGCACCAGUCAGGGCUCUCCAGCCUUCCAGCCUCCAGAGAUUGCCAAUGGACUGGAUACCUUUUCAGGGUUUAAAGUGGACAUUUGGUCUGCUGGAGUAACACUAUACAACAUUACAACAAGUCUGUAUCCGUUUGAGGGAGACAACAUCUAUAAGCUAUUUGAGAACAUUGGAAAAGGAGACUACACUGUUCCUGAGGAGUGUGGACCUCUCCUGUCGGACCUGCUGCGAGGAAUGCUUGAGUAUGACCCUGCAAAGAGGUUUUCCAUACAGAACAUUAGGCAACACAACUGGGUGCGGAAGAAACACCCUCCGUCUGAGCCCCCUGUACCCAUCCCUGCCAACGCAGAGAGCAGGGACCCCUGGCGAAGUAUGACGGUGGUGCCCUACCUGGAGGAUCUGCACGGUUACACAGAGGAGGAUGACGACGAGCUCUACGAUGGAGAGGAUGAGAUCAUAUACACUCAGGACUUCACAGUGCCAGGACAAGUGGCCGAAGAAGAUCAGGAUCAGGGGAAUGCAGACCACAGUCCAGCUGUAGCCAAGCCAGUUUGUGUGAACGGGACAGAAGGGGGGUCUCUGAACACCAAGGCCAAAGCCGAACGCCGAUCCUCCUCGUCGUCCAACCCCUCACGUAAAGGAGUCUCCACAGCCAGCAAAAUCCGCAAGCUCUCAACCUGCAAACAGCAAUGACCCCUCUCCCUUUUCUCCCAACAACCUGCCUGGUUGAUCUGUCCUCGUCCUUCUGUGUCUGGAGUCCUCACAGUUUGUGAGAGAAGCCUGCUGACGUUAAUGCCCCCCAUACCUCCUUGGACCACUGGCCUUUUGAAGAUGCGGUAUGAGUGACGGGGAGGAGGAGGACAGCAUGAAAUGUUCUUUUUGCUCUGAGACUGAGGCACUGCCUGUGAAGAUGGUGUUUAUUUUCUCCAAUAUUUUGGCUCCUUUCAACUUGUGUCAUCCUCAUCUGUCCUCUCAUCAUUUCCCCCCCUUCUUCUCCAUCCUGUUGUCCUCCUCAGAGGGCCAAGUGUUAUACUGGACAUUACAGACACCGUCACCUCCCCUCACCCCCUGUUCUUACCCAUCCACCCCUCCACUCUUUCUUUUACUUUGUUUUUACAGAACCCUAAUGGCAGUUUUUAAGACACAUUGUGAUGUGUAAAAAAUUAAAGAGGAAAAACAAACAACA